AUAGACCAGUUCUAGAGAAUUCUUUGAGUGCAUUGGAUGGGAGAAGGAGCUAUAUCUUUAAAAUACCCACAGUCCUAGAGAGUUCGUGAUGGGCAUUUGACCGUGAAGAAGGCAUUACUUUUAAAAUACCCACAGUUCUAGAGAGUUCUUUGUGGGCAGACUGUGGACGAAGGAACUGGCCUUAGAAUACCCACAGUUUUCGAUAGACAGUUCGUGGUGGACAUUGGCUUGUGGACGAAGGAACUGGCUUUAAAAUACCCACAGUUUUCAAUAAACGGUUCGUGUAUGGUGCUAGACUGCGGAAGAAGGAACUGGCUUUAAAAUACCCAUAGUUUUCGAUAGACCGUUCGUCGUGGGCACGAUAGUGGACCUGCAGCAGAGAUGUGGGCGUGGCCUACCAUCGGAGCCCUCCUGCUCCUCCUGGGCCCUGGAAAGUCCCUACAGCAGUGCUUCACCACGAAGGCCUCCAGCCCUGGAAUAGUUUCCGAAGCGGAGCUGUCUGGAAUCACAGACUUCGGCCUGGACGUCUACAGGCGCCUCUCCGCCGACUUCGGCGCCAGGAACCUGGUCUAUUCGCCCUACAGUCUCUGGAACGCCCUGGUCCUGACUUAUUUCGGGACCCAAGGUGCCACCCAGAAGCAGAUGGAGGCCGCCCUGCGCGUCAGGGAUAAGGUCUCUGCGCACGAGGUCAAAAAUGGGCUGGAUAAUUGGUACAGCCUCCUCCAGCAGAGCCACCCAGGGUACUACUUCAGCGUGGCGAACCGCAUCUACUUCGACAUUUUGCUGAAUCUGAGGCCCUGUAUCAGGAACAUCUUCCCUGAAGAGCUGCAAAUUGUUUAUCUGUUCAAUGCCAAGAGCACAGCCAGAUACAUUAACGACUUCGUGGCGAAGGCCACCAGGGGCCUGAUCGAGGAGAUCGCGUCCCCUGAGGACGUCAAGGAUUCCCAGAUGGUGGUGGUCAACGGUGCCGCCUUCGUCGGGAGGUGGAAGUACGAAUUCCAGGCCCAUAACAAUUCCAAGAUGCUCUUCCAUGUCUCCCCAGACCUCGCUGUCUCCGUGACUAUGAUGAGGCAGCUGGGGGUGUUCAGAUAUGGUGAAUCCAACGACCUUGGAGCCAGAAUCCUGGAGCUGCCUUACACUGGAGAGCAAAUUUCCAUGUUCCUCUUCCUCCCUCAUCCCCAGAGGAGGAGUCCUUCGCGGGAUGGAGAGGAUCCUCUGGCCAACAUGGUCAGGAACUUCGAAGGGCGCUCUCUCAGGGAAGCCAUAGAGCCCAGGAACCUAGACUUCCGAGAGGUGGAUGUGGCUCUUCCCAAGUUCAACUUCUCCACUGAGAUCGGCCACCAUCUUGAGAAGGCUCUUAAAGGCGUUGGAAUCCACGACCUCUUCGACGAAGGGAGAGCCAACCUGACUGCCUUCACCAGUAAGAGAGGCCUCAAGGUAACCCAGACCCUCCACAAGGCCUUCCUGGACGUCAGCGAAGAGGGCACGGAAGCCGCUGCGGCCUCCGCGGUCUUGGUGUCCUUCAGGUCCGCCGAAGGCGUCCUGGAUCAGAGCGUGUCCUUCCACCUGACGGAGCCCUUCGCCUUCCUCAUCUACGACAAGGACACGAAGAAUCCCCUCUUCGCGGGACACGUCAGGAAUCCCCUAGAUCUGCAGAAGGCGGCGUUGUGAAGGGGCGGUCUGGGCGGUGGCUAUUCGGCUUGCUUUGGCCUUCUUGGAGGUCCUUUGGAUUGUGCCCUCAAAGGGAUCCUCUGACUUAUGUCCUCUUGACAGAACCUUAGGCUUGUGUCCCUUCAGAGGUCCUUAGGACUAUGUCCUUUUAGAGGUCCUUAGUCCUAAAAAAAAAGGUCCUUAGUGUCUUAUGUCCUUUCAGAGGUCCUUAUAGUCCUAUGUCCUCGGUGAGUCCUAGUAUAUGUCCCUUCAGAGAUCCUAUGUCCUAUAUGUCUCCUCCAAGAGACCCUAUAGUCUUAUGAUUUUAAAAUUUAAAUUUAUAUUCUCAUUGUAUUUAAGUUUUAAAUUUUAAUUUUGUGCCAAAUAAAAAUAUAAAAUCU